AUGGAUAAGCCAGAAUGUAAUACUGGAUAUUGCGAUCUUAAUAAAUUAAAUGCGAAAAGUGAUUAUAAUUCGAACGACGAUUCUAAUUGUGAGGAUGACAAUGCUAGCGUUAAUCAAAAAGAUGAUGCAAAAAAACGCAAGAAGCGAAAAAUUUUACGUUCACGUCAUUACAAUAAACACCAAGAUGAAUCUAAUUAUUAUCGAGAACAGUUACUACUCUUUUUACCAUUUCGUGAUGAAAAAACCGAAAUUGAAAACUGCAGUGAAAAUCGGAAAAAUAUUUAUGGAAACAAUUUAGAUCUUAUUGUAACAAAUCGAUCAUUGAUAUACCAAAUGGAAAAGAGGUAUCUCUCAGAUAUCUUCAAAGAAAAAGAAGCGGAAGACGACGAUUAUAACGAUGAACAUAAUGAUGAAAAUAAAAAUUUUACCCUUAAAGAAAAUCAGCCAGAUGACACUGUUGAUAUUUUUGCUGAUAAUAAAAAUUCAAAUGAACAGCAGCUUCAAAUAACUAUACACUGUUUACAUGCUCAAAAAAUUGGCAAGCAAAUUCGUUUAAUGAUUUCUGGUCAAGCAGGAACUGGAAAAUCAUUUCUUAUUAAUCUUUUAUAUCAAGUCAUACCAGAUUACUAUACAAAAAAAAUUAGUUGUACAGAUAUUGAAUCAGCUCAUGCCAUUCUAGCAGCUCCUUAUGGAAAAGCUGCAUAUUUAAUUCAUGAUGUCACUGUGCACAGUUGUUUUUGUUUACCAAGAGACAAUAUGAGCAGAAACAUUGCAGCAUUAAGCUCUAGCGUUGUUACAUCCUUGAGAUUUGAAAUGCGAAACGUAAAAGUUGUUAUCAUAGAUGAGGUUUCAAUGAUCGGUCGAAAUCGAUUUAAUCAAAUUGAUACUCGUCUUCAACAAAUAACGGGGAAUAAUUCGCCAUUUUUUGGACUGUCAAUAAUUUUUGUUGGAGUUUUACGACAACUCCCACCGAUUAUGGAUAAACCUAUUUAUUAUACAGCAUUCCAUUAUUUUAGAGAUAAAAAAUUGCAGUGGAAUAAACAGCAUCCUGAUCAACCUUUUAAACCAAAUAUUGCAGACCCUACCUAUAGGGUCGCCAGUACAAAUAUAAGUGAAGAGACAACCCAGGCGGCGACAACCGGACAAAACGCCGAACAACUAAGACGCUUUUCACCAUUCAGGUAA